CUUAAGGGACAGUUGGAGGAAGUGACUAGAAAGUUGACUGAAAAGGACGAGGAGAGCAAUAGACUUAAGGGACAGUUGGAGGAAGUGACUAGAAAGUUGACUGAAAAGGAAAAGGAGAGCAAUAGACUUAUGGAAAGGUUACAAGAGGCAAAUCAUAUGAACAGGAAAUUAAAGAACAUUCAUUCUUUCAUUUGGCUGACCUCCGUUCUGGUUCUGGUUCCACUGGGUAUUGGAUUAUAUUUUGAUUUUAAAGGACAUGAAGUGAAUCAUCCUGAGCUUCGACUGAUGUUAGUGGGGAAAACUGGAGCAGGAAAGAGUGCAUCAGGAAACACCAUCCUGCGUGAAGAAGCCUUCAGAGUCGAGGCAUCUCCUGCAUCUGUGACCACAACCUGUAAGGCGAAGAACAAACUCCUGGAUGGAAAAAACAUCACCAUAAUUGACACUCCUGGUGUCUUGGACACAUGGCUAAUAUGGAACCGAAAGGCCAGUCAUGCACAUGAUUGUAUCUCCAUGUUUUCUCCCAAACCUCAUGUCUUCCUGCUGGUGAUCAGGCUGGGAAGAUUCACGUUGGAGGAGAACAAUGCUCUGAAGUGGAUUCAGGAGAACUUUGGAGAAGAAGCUCUGAAUUUCACCUUGAUUCUGUUCACUGGUGGAGAUCUGCUGGAAAAAAAGCCAGUGGAGAACUUUAUCAGUAAUAGUUAUGAGCUCCAGAAUCUUGUAGAUACCUGCAAAGGUAGAUAUCAUGUUUUAAACAACUAUGAUAAAAGUAACCGCACACAAGUCACAGAGUUGUUAGAAAAGAUCAAUUUAAUGCUACACUUGAACAUGGGUUACUUUUACACAAAAGAGAGUAGUAACUUUAAGAGCAAAGAGAUGGCAAUCAGACAGGAAGAGGAAUUAAAGAGGAAAGCUUUGAAAGAAGAAAUGCAAACGGAGGAGAGAAGGAAGAUAAAUAAGAUGGCAAUGAACCUGAGAGAUGAGCAGUAUGAGAUCAAAAAUCUGAAGGCAGAGUUAGAAGAUGCAUAUCAGACAUCUUUCUGGUUUAAGGUCUCAACUGGCUUCAUAACUUUAAUAUUGAUCAUUGUGUUUUGCAAAAAGAAGUAAACUAGUCAAAGCAUUGGGGGAUUUUCACAGUUAAUCAGGCCAGGGCUUAAAAUAAUAGUUUGUGUUAUCUUUAAAACUAACAGCAAAUUGAGGUUAAACUUAAACCCAUUUUCUAAGUAUUCUUUUUUUUAAAUACUUUACAUUUUAUCUUACUUACAAAGGUUUUACAAAUGAUAAUAAUCAUCUGGAGUUCACAAAAUGUUGUGUUGUAGUGUUAGGAUUUGUAGUGAAUGUAUUUUGAU